AAUAAACAGUCAAUAGACAUGAUUACCUUUUUAAUGUGUAAAAAUUACUUUAUAUGUCUGACUCUUCAUGGGUUACAUUAGUCAAGAGGAAUACAACAAACAUUGUUUUAGUAUAUCAAGAAAAAGGUUUAUUGUAAAGGUUGACAUUUACAGAUAAUGACAAAAAUGAAAAUAGACUAACAAUGACAAAACAAAUUUCUAAAUCUCUACCACAGUGCAUAGUGGAAUUACAACCGAGACCUUCUCUUUAGUGUGAGGUCUCAAACGCUCUUCCAUGAUGACAUGCAACAUAUCAGACAGUAUCAUUUUCCUACAGAUAUAAAUACAAACCAUAUGGAAGCGGUGGGCGGGGUGUCGCGGAAAGCAUCCAAUGGGGAAGGUUGUGUUUGUAAAGUAUCCACUCAUAACAGAGUUACGGCCAUUAUGUCGGUGACGUAGGGGAAUGCAACCAAUGACAUUACAGUAUCAUUCGCGCGAACACAAUUUAAAUUGUUGGCAUUGUGUACGGAAGUCAUUUUUUGCGAAUUGCGACUUGGUGAAACUGACUAUUGUUUGUGAUGGCGUGUAAAAGAAACCUGAGGGCUUUGCAACCAGCAGCAAGCCCACUGAGCAUAAAUGAUUUAAUGAAACAGCUGAUCUCCGGUCUGAACGCUUUGUCUCGUCAGCUUGAGGGUUUGAUGGAGAAGCAAGCUGCAAACACUGUUCUUCUCGAAGAUGCUAUCCAGCGUCUUUGUGCUCUUGAGCGAAAGUUUGACGAGCAAAGACUGCAAGAGGAACAAAGACCGCGGGAAGAGCCAUUACAUAAAAGGAUAAAGAGGGCGCACAACGUGGGCAUUGCGGAAGCUGUAAGGCGCCUUCACAAUUCGGAAAACAACCCACAUAAAUAUGAUCCACAAACUGGAAUAAGUUUGCCUCGUAACCAAGCAGUCAUGACUUAUCAGCUAGAGGAAUUGAAAUCAACUUUUGCAGAUGCAGACCCUGAGUGUAUACAAGCGUGUUGCAAGACAUACUUUGAAACACUUCGGAGAAAGUACAAUUUGUCUCAGCCAGAAAAGUCCCAGCUAAGAGAUGCCAUUAAAACAGGAGCUAAAAACCGACAAAGGAAAAGACGGUUGCUGGAUUCCAGGUCCAAGGUUGUUCAAACCGAUGCAGAGAGAGAGCUUUGGCAGACUGCAAAAGUGGAGCUGAUGUAUGACGAGGAGGAUGCCAUUGUUGAUGGAAGGCCAGUGUGGAUUGUGAGGUCUCCAUCUCACAGGAACCCACAAUUGUCAGAACUUUGUGAGGAGCUUCAGCGCAGAUUGGAGGCAGACAUGCGCUACACUAUUUUGCAUCAUCAGCGUGUUAAGGCUGAUGGAAAUGGACAUUAUGGACCUUCCUUUCUUCAACUUUAACUAAACUGCACUGGUUUUAAUAAUUGCACCACAAACUGCACAU